AUGGAAGAGUAUGGUUUAACCAUGGAGCACGUUUGCUACAACGGUCCCAUCUACUACAUCUGCGACAAAGAUAACCAAUGCAGACGUGACCCUUAUAUCUGGGCGGUUUCAAUUUUCAUACAGGCUUCAUGUUUCGGUUGUCUUCUACUCAUGUCAAGUUUCGGAUAUCUUACAUACACCCGACUCAACACGUCAUAUAUCAAUCUCAGUGUCCACACCUGUCAGAUUCAACACCAACUUCUCACAGCACUUCUCAUACAGGCGGGAAUUCCAAUUAUCUUUAUGUAUAUUCCCAUUGCCGUCCUGUUCACGUCGCCAAUGUUUGGAAUUGGUUUUGGAGUCUAUCAAAACAUCACGAUGGCCUGUCUCGCCAUCUAUCCUCCAUUAGACCAGCUAGCGACGAUAUGUAUUGACUGUUCGAAAAUCGGAUCUGGCGCGAAUCCCAAUGACUUCGGAGUCGGCAAAUCGCUCAAGGACUUGGCACUUUUUUCUGAGUAUCCUCUAUUCCUCGAAUAA